UAAACGCCUUCGAAAACUUUGUCAAAUAUGUGUACUUGGGCGCCGAAAGGUUUGAGAAUACUGGCCCAGUGUUGUGCUGGCAGUGGCUGGGCGGGGUGCAAGGAGAGCACCCUUUGCAGCCGUGUGCUGGAACACUGCACGGAGGAUGAGUUUGCAUCGACAUUACAUGGGUUUUUACGCGGAGUGAGAGACAGCAUUGCUGGGUUUGGAUUGAUCUUCACUUACGAUACACAAGAACCUUCCAAAGAUGUUAGCAGUCUGCCUCAGGAGACCAGCCUGGCUCGCCGAAGGGCAGCGCAACAGGCUGAGAAGAAGCAGAAGCAUGCUGAACAAAAAGAGUUAGUGCUGUGGAGGAUCCUCGCUGGUUCCAUUGUGCAUGAUUCACAUCGCUCUUGGGAGGACAGCAGCAACAAUGUGAUGUAUCGCACCAUGCAGUGUUGUAUCCUCAAUGGGGUAGUUUUUGGCCUCAGUCUGCUCUUCUUUGAGUAUGCACUGCUGCCAGCCCUUAGUUUGAUGAUGGGCUACUUGCUGGGCAGUGGAGAAAAGGACAGCAGGGUAUGGAUGUAUGUGCAACCUGUGCUUAGUGCCCUCUUCAAUAUGUUUUGGGUGUUGCCUAUCUUUGGUCUCUCUCGACUCAUCAACACCAUCUGGUUCCAGGAUAUCGCGGACAGUGCCUACCGUCAGCGCCAGGGACAGCCACAGCUCAUCAGUAGCCUCAGCAAAAUGGUGGCUGACAUUUUCAUCUCCAUAUUCAUUCAGUUUCUUUUCCUAAUGCAGGCAAAUAUGAUAAGGAUGCUACCACUUGUGGGCGUGAGCACGAUUGUGAGUGGUGUGCACAUGUGUAUGCUACAGUCACUCUAUGCCUUCGAGUACAGAUGGUUCAAUAUGGGCUGGGAGCUGUACAAACGGCUGAGCUACAUUGAGGCCAACUGGCCAUACUUCAUCGGGUUUGGCCUCCCAUUGACAGUCAUCACGAUGUACCCUUCUUCAAUGUACAUCAGUGGCUGCUUCUUCUCGCUGUUGUUCCCCAUCUUCAUCAUCAGUGCCAACGAAGCUGAGCCUGUUCCUAAUACUAAUGGCUACUCCAUGCAAUUGUUCUCGUUGGUUGUGGGCAUGUCCAACUACUUGAUCCACGCUCUAGUCUCCAGGAGUAAACCUCCUGCCACUCCAAGCAAGACUCACCCCACACGGCGCUAGCCAGGAGUUAACCAACUUUUUUCAGAGAAUGUUUGGAGAACCACAUAUUCAACACACACACACAAUUGCCUGUAACUCUGAAAUCCAUUUUAAACUGUAACAGUUCUUGAAGACAGUGCAAUAGUUUUAUGUGGGGCUGUAGUUGUCUCUAGGGAAGCUUUGAAAAGAUAGUUUGACUUAUUACGUCAUUAAUGAUCAUAUGAUUAUGAAUGAUAUUUAACUGAUUGAUAUUUUAUUAAUUCCUUUGUAAGGAAACAUAUGUUGAUUAAAUGUUUGUUUUACACUGAUGUGUGAAAACUGUAAUGGGUCAUGAGUGUAUGGACGGCAAAGUAUGAAAGUACUUUGUAAAUUUUAGGCAUCAAGUGCUGGUAUUUUUUGUGUCCAGGUUCAUAAGGAUGAGAUGUCCAUCCUUAUCUGAAAAUUCAUUUUCCCUUGAUUCAAAAGUUUAGUAGCAAGGGGAGUUUGGUACAAAAAGAUACUCGUUACAUCGUCACUUUUCAGUGGCAGCUCCCACCCUGUCACUCAGGCCUUCGAUAUGUGAGCUCAAUAUAGGAAACAUUUUUAUAUAUUAAAAUACAUUUUUA